UCAUCAUCAUCGAGUCGAGUCGUCUUGGUUGUCGUGGACGUCGGAGACGGUCGUCGUCGUCGCCGUCGCUGUCUCGUUUUCGCGUUAUUCAGUUUAAAGAUUCAAUUCACAGAUUAAAUCGGGAAAUAAGUGUGUGCAAUAUUGGAAAAGUAAAUUUUCUGCUAGUGGUUUUGGAGGAUACCGAAUCUGCUGGGUGGUUAGAUUGAUGGAAAAAGUAUUGAAGAGUAAGCGGGAAUGUGACAGUAUUUGCAAUGAUAGUGAUUAAGGUGAAGAUCAAAAAGUGUGGUAGUUGCGCUUAACUACGAGUUGGAAGUGAAGAUUCCAAAGACAAGGUCUUGGCGGCUGCAGAACAGAGCUGGAGUAAAAACGAUUGCUGCAAGAUGGGCAACUACUGUAGUUCGGGUCAAACGAAGAAGGAUAAGGAUAACGCAUCGGAAAAGUCGGAAGAAUCUCCAUCGUAUCAAUUGGCCGAGAAGAAUAAAAACAAAUCCAAUGAUACGAAGGAAGCUCCCCUGGCAGCACCGGAAGUAACUUCCGAUGGUUCUGGAACGGGCCCGGUGUCGAAUAAUUCAACUACCAGCGGUGGUAUUAGUAGCAAUCCAGCAGCAACUGGUGGCUCCAUUGAAGCCAGUAAGGCGCAGCUGAAGGCACUGCAGAAUGUACAAUCGGUUACACUAUCUGCUGAUUCAACAUCCAACAGCCCUAUGACCGCAAUGCCUCCAUGUGAUAUCGCGGCAGUGCAUCAGAAUCUUCCACAGAAUCUUACACCGCUGUACGGAAAGCCAGCUUCCAGUCGUCGUACGGAUAAAUAUAAGAAAAUCGUCCUCUAUAUAUUGGCAGCUGAUGACGGAUAUCAGGCGGAAAAGGCCGUGCUGCGAGAUGUCUUCAAGGGUUUAAAUCAAAAAUGUCAAAGCCGAGGCUUCGAGCUGCACGUUUCGGACCUGCACGUGAUGCAGGUAAAAGGUAGCAGCUUCAACGUGAACAAGUGGCUCAGCGGCCCGCUGGAGGCACAGGGUGGACAUGAUGUAGCGGCCAACUGUUUGGCGGAAAUCGCUCGCCAGUCGUGUGAUUCUUAUCUUAUCCCGAUACUGUUCCUAAGCUCCACGCUGGGUGACCCACUACUGCCGUUGACGAUUGAAAGUCAAGACUUUACGACGGUGCUACAAACGGCCGAGAUUUAUCCACAGGACCGUGCCAUUCUGGAGAAGUGGUACACUUUGGAUGACAAAUCGCAGCCAGCGUGCUACCGCUUGAAUGCCAAAAAUAACUUGAAGCUAACGGCGGAGGAAUCGGAGAAAGAACUCUCUACGUUGCUGAAAAUUUUAAUUGACAUCUUCUCCAAGGAGUUGCGGGAUUCCUAUCUGACAACGGUGGUUGAACAGGAAAUUAACAACACUGUUCUUAUCAACCAAGAACUGUCCAAGCGAUGCAUUUGGGUUCAAAGUUCGAGUGCACCGUUGAAAGUUACGGAAAAUUCUUCAUCGGCGGAAGCUGAGGUGGUUCGAAGAUUAACGAACAUACAAAAUGAUUUGAAGAAUCACCUCACCGAGAAGCACAUUCUUCGUAUUCCAGCGAAUAUUGCCCAGCAACAGGACCAGUUUGCCGCACUACUGGAAAACUGCUUAUCUACCGAGAUCGACCUCAUAGUCGAUGAACACAUGAGCAAAUACUCGAUUCCUCUGUGCACGUACGGGGUGGAUCGACGGCUGUUGAGCGAAAUCGAAGAGGUUAACCGCCACUCACGUGUUCUAAACGAAAAUUGCGCCAACUUUUCCAUUACGGAUCGGGUGAAGGAGUACCUUACCAGCAAUCGGCGGAAACCACUGGUGAUUUUCGGCAAAACAGGUGCAGGAAAGAGCGUUCUAGUGGCCAAGAUUUCUCAGAAUAUCCACACUUGGCUACCGGAUUCUCACUUAGUUCUAAGAUACACCAAUUUAACAGCUAUGAGUUCCGAUGUGACCUCAAUUCUGGGAUCAAUUACGGAACAAAUUUCGGUGCUGGUAAAAGGUGAACCAACUCGGUGCCAUCAUACCAUCGAAUCCUACUCGGAAACGCUGAAGCAGUUGAUCGAGAGCAGCAAACAGCAGAUAACAAUUCUAAUCGAUUCGAUAGACAGUCUACGCGACUUAAAUGAGCUCGAUUGGUUGCCGCUAGAACUGCUGGAGACUGUGAAACUGGUUCUGACCGUAUCGUCGAGCUGCACCAACCAGGAUCAGUUUGGAACGGAAGACGUUGUUCUAAAGCGGCUGAAGGAGAAGAUUGGUGAUGCCGAAAGUUUCCUCUAUCUGACUCCGUUCACCCAGGAACAGUGGGAGGAUGUGCUGUGCUUCGGCGGUGGUGACAUUUACUCGGCAAACGGCGCUUUACAGUUACCUGAUAGUUGGAAAAAGUCAAACGAGAAGAUUUCUAUUCAAGCUAAGAUACUUUGGUGGCUAGCUUGGCUUGGAGUCACAGAUCUCUCGGACACAUCGGUGUCGCACAUUAGUGAGAAGGUGUUUGUGAUUCUCGAGGAAAAGUUCACAGGCGUUAUUACUAGGUUCAUUAUCUCGUUAAUGCUAGCGGCCAGGGAGGGUCUACUGGAAACAGAGAUUACUACGCUUAUUAGGAAUUCUAAUUUAGUUACGGGGUCCACAACCAAGCUAUGGACGCAUUUCUGCUGGAAGAUGGGACCAUUACUUUUGCACAACAAAAACAUAAUCAUAGUGGACAAAACGCUCAGAGAGGUAGCUAGGAAGCGAUACGACACGGACAUUAAAGAAGCGCACAAAACUCUGUAUGAUUAUUUUGAGAAACAACCGAACUGCUACACCGAUAAGAAGGGAAAGGAGAGAAGCUUCAACAUUAGAAAAUUCGUAGAACUACCAUACCACAAGUACAAGCUACAAGCCAGCGGAGAAUCCUUCGCUACGUCGUCGUUCUUAACCGACCUGAGCUGGCUUCACGAAAAACUUACUGCUACCGGAUGUGUUCAUUUGCUGAAUGAUAUUUGUUUGGCGAACAGUGGCGGCAGUCCAGCGUUCGGUCAUUUGGUGCUGUUGAAGAAGUUCAUCGAGGAGAAUUUCAAGGCACUGAACUACGAUGGCCAGCAGUUGUUUUCACUAUUGUACGUGUGUAUAGAGGCGAAAAAUAAGGUCGAAGGUUCGAGCUUGGCUGGAAACGAAGUUCUGAAGAAGUGGCGUGAUUUCAUCGAUUCCAGUCCGGUUACAUAUUUACAGAAGUUGGAAUACAGUGAACCGAGCGUGACGGAAGAUGGAGCGGAGAAGAAAGAUACAGAUAAGAUGCAGGCUACAAUGGGGUAUGAUUUGAUAAUGAAUUUGAACAUAGAUGGGUUCUUCGUUAUCUCGUUGAGUACGGACCGGGAGGAGAUUUGCGUGUGGGACGUUGCGAAGUGCAGCAAAGUGCGAACACUGCUGGGAGUGCCACAGCCAUCGGCAAUCUGUCCGGUCGGUGAGAAUGGUGUCGCUGUACUAUGUAGGAGAGAAAUCAGGAUCGUAAAUCUAGACGAAGGCAAGUUCAAGGUCACACUAAAAGGUGUUAUGAACCAAAAGAUGCCAUAUUUUGGACUGCACGAUGCAUCCCAUUUGGUGUGUUUGUCCAGGAACCGAAUGUAUGUAAAUCUAAUGAAUAUCGAUUCUGGUGAUUGCGUGACUACGUUCAAGGCCGGUGAAGAUAGAUUCCUUAAUUCGCUGUUGGUGUCCGGAGAUGGAAGAAUUCUGGUUUGUGGUGACGAAACUCAAAAGCCCUUCCCAUUACUCGUGUGGCAUUUAUCGCAAAAGAAGCUGUUAUAUGACCUGAGAAUACCCCACCAUGACUUCAUCACAUCGCUAUCGGCCAUUACACACGAGGGAUCGUACGUGUGCGUAGUGGCCAAAGAGCUAGCCGAACCUAGUCCGAAUUUCAUCGUUGUGUACGAUUUACAAAGUGGAACACUGUUCAAAAAAUGGAAACCAUCUUGCAAUACCGUGUCGUUGGCGAUUUCCCAAACCAACACGUGCGUCAUCGCUGGGCUAGAGGACGCCCGGAUUCUGAUAUGGGAUCUGGUUACAGGGAACUGCCGGUGCACAUUGAGCGGUCAUAAUGCACCAGUGACGCUGUUGAAGCUGGAUCCAUCGGGUAAAAUGUUGCUGUCUGGUGAUAAAGAAGGUCGUGACAUGUCCAUCCGGUUAUGGGAACUGGACAGUGGCAAGCUGCUGGCCGUUUACACUCCACAGGAGAAGAUCACGACUUGCGAGAUCCUCAACGGAGGACAGUAUCUGGCGAUCGCGCUCGAAGGCCGAACCAACAUCAUAUCGCUGAAGUUGCGGGGUGGCGGAGUUGCCGAGCCGGAUAAAUCCAAGGAAGCGAUUGUCUACGGAAAACAGGAAAACUGCGGGAAGGUGUUCGAUUUGAAGCAGUAAAUCGAUAAGCAAACCAACAAUGCAUUCGUAGCAGCAAAUCCAUGAAAUAUAGGAAAAUCGAUACCAAAACCUAUACUCGGACCGUUAGUGCACCUCAUAGUAAUAGGAUUUACCUGACCCCACUCGAAACUAACACCUGCGAAUAUAUGUACAAGCGCCAAAAUUAUAGAAGCAGUUCACCAAUGAAUCAAACGCUGCAUUCGUCGCUAAAUCGGAGAAAUAGUUAAAACAUAUGCAAAUCUUAAAUACCGUUAGCCCUAAUUCAUGAUCAAAUUACAAAAACAAAAACAAAUACAUUAUAUUAAACACCCAUACACCCGGAACAGUUGAAUAGAACUCUGUGAGCAGCUUCCACUCAGUGUAAUUAUUUGAAGCAAAUGCGAUUGGAAAGUGGACAAUUAAUGUAAACAUAACUUGUAGCAGCGCUAGCUCAAGCAUCAAAUAUCCAAGCUAAAGAGACGGUAAGCAAACAGCAUUUCACUAUUAGAAUAUACAGUAACAUGGAACACUCGGAAAAUGAACACAGCAAAAACCAGUAGAAUCAUAAGCGUACAGAGAAUGUGUCUAAAACAUAAUCAUUAAUGAGUAAGAAGCAAACAAAUACAAAAUAAAAAUCCUUGUAUUAUUAUGUGUGUGCAUGGAACAAACGAAGAAGGAUCAGUACGGCAGAUACUAUAUAGUUAUAAAUCAUUCGAAUUGAAUCACUAUCUAGGCUAAGGCGGAGCGAUAGAUUUUGAGCAAUUGUAGAGAGAAAAAAUGGUGUACGGUAUAGAAACAGGAAGUCUCAUCGUUUCCACAAUCCACACAAACAAACCCCCAAACGUACACUGCAAUGAAAUGAAUCGCACUAAAUUAAAUAAAAAAAAUAGUCGAAGCUCAUAAAACUCUAUUGUUCUGUUCCUCAUAUGCACACAAAAAAGUGUGAUUUUGAAUACUGUACUAUCUUCCCGUCUAUCUCAUAGGUUGUCUAUUGUCAUUAGGCUUCCAUUUUGGAUUAGUGAUUGUCUACUUUUUAGUAGAAUUCAUUAGGUUAGGCAGCACAAAUAAUGUACAAUCAGUUUUAUUACUAUUUUCCGCUAUUUUGUACACAACAACUUACAGAAUUUUUACACUUACUUUUUCAACUCCAUAUGCACAAAAACCAAUACAGAAUAGUGUCACCAUUGUUCAGAGCCUCCAACCAAGUAAAAGUGUGAAUAAGCGUCCAACAAAGAUUGGUGCAUCAUGUUGGAAGUCAGCUGAGAAUCUAAUAGCCCAUAGUCCAAUAGAUCGUCGUUAUAGCAUAUUUGUGUGAGUGUUGUAUUUUAUUUAUACCGAGUUCCAGCUAUCCACAAACAAAGGAGAAACAUAAGUCAAAUAAAACAACCACAACUAAUACAAAGAUGAAACUGAUGAAGCAACCGAAAAUACCAAAGCAUACCUUAGUUACAAGCAAAACUGUAACAAGUAGCGAACAAACAAACAAAGAAACCACAAAAACUAGUAGAAGCUCUCAUCUGGUAUGAGGAAUAAGGCUGGUCCUUUAAAAAAACCAAAAGUGAAAAAUGAAACAAACAUACAUCGUUAGGCAAAACAACAAUGACUUUAGUGUUUUAAAUGAUUUGAAACAUAAGGGCAAACCAAAAAAGGUAGAUAGUUCGACACACCUAAGAGCUACACAAUCAAGCAGUACGUAUAAGACUUAAAUUGACCACAUUUAUCAAACUCCUUCAAACCGUUCGAUGAACACAAAUUACAAGCUGUGACCAAAAUCACCACACAAGAAUUCGAUCAAUUCAAUCUAUAUCCCGAGAAACGAGUUACAAAUGUAAA